AUGUUCUCCAACUUGACCAAUAUAGUGCAGAAGGCACAGCAGCUCAUUGACCCCACGCAAGGACUUAACCUCUCCAGCUCCGAUCGAAAUCCCUCCAAGGCGUCGCUCUUCCAGAGCCAGUUCCGUCUCCCAGCCUCCCAGAACCCCCUCUACGAGAUCACCGCCGAACUGACCAUCCCACCAUUGAAUGGAACAGGGGGCGAGAGAGAAUACGAUCGAGGCUGGCACUAUGCGGGAAAACUGCACCUUUCCGAAGCUUUUAUCUGCUUCUCGACGACACCCACAAGUUUCCUGCAGUCGGCGAGCACGAGCACUUCAGCUGCCUUCACAGGCCAGACGCACGGCGGCGGGCCCAGUGGGAAUGGUUUUACUUUCCCUCUAUGCGCCAUCAGGCGUGUAGAAAGGCUCAACAGCCAAAAUUUUCAGUUUGCACUGGCCAUCACGACCUGGAACGGCCUCCUCGCGGAGAACCAGAAAGACAAGGACACCGGGACGAAAGAUAGCAGAGAAACCAAAGAACAGCGAAUAACCAUUCACCUCGCGGGCUCUAGACAGGCGUGCGAGAGGUUCUGCGACGGCCUGAAGAAGGGCUUACGAGCCGGGGUGGGCAACGUGGGAAAACUGCGUAGGGUCAUCGCCGAAUGCUACUCGGAAUACCUCUUGCGGCCGGAAGAAAAGAGAGAUAGUACCCCUCCGGACGCAGGACUCGGUCUCACGUUUCGCUACCCUGGCGACCCGAAGAAAUUGAGGGAUCGGGCGAAGAUGCGACUUUGGGCAGAGUACCUUCGCGACAACGGCCGUGCCGCCACGCUCAUUCGGCAGCCUACCUUCCACAAGCUUAUUCGGGUCGGCUUACCAAACCGGCUGCGAGGCGAGAUGUGGGAGCUGACCUCCGGUUCGCUGUACCUGCGCUUGGAGUCCCCGACUUUGUACGCCGAUACGCUAGCUAAGUUCGAGGGCCAGGAGUCGCUUGCGAUCGAUGAGAUCGAAAAGGAUCUCAACAGGAGCUUACCCGAAUACCCUGGUUUUCAGAGUGAAGACGGCAUCGGGCGUCUCCGCCGCGUAUUGACGGCCUACAGCUGGGUUAACACGGAUGUCGGCUACUGCCAGGCGAUGAAUAUUGUCGUGGCCGCUCUCCUCAUAUACAUGUCCGAAUCCCAGGCCUUCUUCCUGCUCUCUGCUCUCUGCGACCGGCUAGUACCGGGAUACUACUCCACCACCAUGUACGGCACCCUCCUAGAUCAGAAGGUCUUUGAGUCUCUCGUGGAGCGCACCAUGCCUGUCCUCUGGGAACAUCUUGUCAAGAGCGACGUCCAGCUGUCUGUGGUUUCGCUGCCAUGGUUCCUUUCCUUGUACAUCAACUCCAUGCCGCUUGUAUUCGCUUUUCGUGUCUUGGACGUCUUCUUCGUGGAGGGUCCGAAGGUGCUAUUUCAGGUUGGUCUGGCCAUCCUACGCAUCAACGGGGAGGAGCUGCUUGAUGCCGCAGACGAUGGUGCCUUCAUAUCGGUUCUGAAGACGUACUUUGCGCGGCUGGACCAAUCUGCCCACCCCAAGUCCGAGAAUCCCAAGCUUCGCGCUGUCACGCGGUUCCAGGAACUCAUGGUUGUCGCCUUCAAGGAGUUCUCGGGCAUCACCCACAGUAGCAUCACAGAGCUGCGUCUGCAGAAGAAGGAUGCGGUCCUCAACAAUAUUGAAAACUUCGCUAAGAGAACGGCUAUCCGCAAUCUUGGCCCAGACAGCAAGCUUCUCUCCAACAAUGAGCUAGCCUCUCUAUAUGACAGGUUCUACAAUGUGCUCUACGAGCGCCAGCAGCGAGAUCGUAUGAUACAAGAGGAGGCGCAGCGUCGUGCCAAAGCCAGUCGGAUGCGAGCAUCCGAGAUCUUCGCCGCUGGUGCCCCGGAUCAGGUGGAAAAAGGUCGCGUGGGGCUAGGGCCAAGCACCAGCUUAAUGGACUACGACGCCUUCCGCGAGUUCCUCGCCAGCAUGUCCCGGUGGGCAGUGUCUGACUCGCCCGGCCAGUCUAGGAGGGGCACCGGGGCGGAGACCGAACGACAUGGCAGAGUCAACGGCGGCCGCGGCCUCUCGCGCUCUCCUUGGGGAUUUGGACCAGAGCCGGCCGAGCAUGAGUUCUUGCAGCGCCUCUUUCAGAAAUGGGAUGUUGAUCGUAACCAGGCGCUCACCUUGCAAAAUGUUGUGUCUGGUCUGGCAGGCAUCAAAGGCAAGAAAGAUAUCAUGGGCACCAUCACGUACUUCUUUGAGCUCUACGACGACGAUGGAGAUGGUAAGGUUGACCGAGAAGGCAUCUUGCGCAUCUCAGAAGCGCUCUUGUUCCUAUCGCGACGCGGUUUGGAGGGCUCUUUGAAUCCGUCAGCCCUGGGCAGCACCGAUGGCACUAACGAGCCCUCUGGCAGCCAGGCAGCCAGUGCGUCAGCGAACGAGAAAUUCCUUGGGAGCGUCAGCGCCUUCAUUCGUCGUUGUUUUGAAUAUGCAGAUCCAGACUGUCCGACGAAGGAAGACGAAAAUGAGGAUCUAAUCACGGUCGACGGUGACCACGGCCAAGGAUCCAAGGGCGAAGACGCGUUUUCUGUGGGUGACGAUGACGACGACGUCAAUGAUGAUGAAGACAAUCCCGGGCCAGCUGCACACGCGGAGAACGACCUACUUGGCCUUGCAGCCGUCGACAAUACCGCCUCCAAAGCCGAGGGGAAGGGCUCUUUGAGCCGCGAUAACAGCAAGGCAAAGGCAGAAGCCGCCAAUGCGGCCUUGGAUCCCGCUCACCCACUUCACAUUACCCUGCCUACGUUUCGGAUGGUAGUGUUGGCAGAUGAGCUCUUAGAGCAAUUCUUCGAGUCUUCAUUCCCCUUGUCAUUUCACAUCGUGGAAGGAGUUUCAGACACUCUCCCUCCAACUGGCUCUCUCACAACUUUCUCCAGUUUGGGCUUUGGCACAAGGCAUCAAGUAUCGCCACAGAUCGGCCCACCCGGGGCGGGACGGGGACUUCGUGGUGUAUUGGACAACAUAGUGACCGACGGCAUGCGAGUCGCCACGGAGGUGCGACGGCGUAUGGAAGAGGCGCAGAGAGAGCUGGAAAGGAAUGCGGCUCCUGGCCAACGCGCUUCUGAUGAUGACGAUGAUGAUGAUGACAUGGCUCUACGUGCGGAGGUGGUAUCUCAGAGUGCAGACAUCGAGCGCCGCUCUGUCCGAAGCUCCGACCGGGAUUUGCUGGAGGGUGCGGACGCUUCCGCUGGUGCCUCGAUGAAAGAAAACGGGGGGCAGUUAGUAGACAUGGGAGCAGAAGAUGGAUCUGUUACCAAAUCUGCAGCACAUGACGGCGUGGGCGUGGGCGUGGGCGUGGUGGAAUUUGACACUUAA